ACUUCCUUCAGAUCUAAAUCCCCAACAAAAUGCCUCUGAAAUAUAAUCUUAUCGGUGUAGUGAGUGAAAACAUGGGAAUAGCGAAAGAUGGGAAACUUCCUUUCUCCCUACCAAGAGAAUACAAAUUUUACAUGUCCAUAACAAGGGAAACUUCGGACAAAUCCAAGAAAAACGUGGUUAUCAUGGGUAGAAAAUCGUGGGACUGUCUGGGAGACCACGAAAAACCGAUGCCAGGUCGUAUAAACUUCGUUCUUACGUCCAACAAAGACUUGGAUCUCUCACAAUUCCCGGAUACUUACGUUUUAAACAGCUGGGCCGAGGUGGAAUCUAAAUUGGUGGAUGCGCAUUUCAAGGAAAAGUAUGAGACCAUCUGGGUGGUUGGUGGUAACCGCAUUUACGACGAAGCGCAAAAAUCUAAGUAUUUCUAUAGGGCCUACAUAUCUAAAGUGAGGAAAUAUUUCGACUGCGAUGCUUUCUUCCCCGAACUGGUGAAAAAUAUAAAAAGAGUCACAGAUCCUAGAACACCUCAAGGAGUACAAAAAGAAAACGGAUUAGAAUGGGAGGUUGAAGUAUGGGAAAAUACAAAUUGUUAAUCUACUGAUGAAGAUUAUGAAGAGCUUCACGAGUGCCGAAAGAGAUUUUCACGACUUCUAAGUAUGGAAAGGAGUUUUGAGAGUUGCAUACAAUCCGGCGAUAUUUCCUACUGAAAGGGCUUGAUUAUUCAUUCAUUUCAUUCUAAUCUAAUUAUAAACAGAAAAAAAAAACAAAUUCUACUU